AUGAGCAGGUGGUAUUCUCAGGAAAAAGACUCCAUUGUAGGAAAGCAUUUAGAUUCCUAUACAUUAAGUGAGGAGAGAAUGACAACAGCGGCAGUUUCACACACGAAAUUUACUAAGCAGAAUUUCUUUUUUUUAGUUGGUGGAAUGGUAGUUUAUGUAGUUGAUAUUGUCAUGGACUUCUGGGUAGCUAGUAGAUAUUUCUGUCAAGGACAAUAUUCUUGGAGUAUAUUGAUACUCUGUUUUAGAGGUCUUUCAUCAAUUAUAACUCAGAUAUUUAGUUAUGAGUGGUUUAAAAACGACUGGGAAGGUACUGAUGCUGGGAAGCUGAAACUGGUUUUUCUAGUUCAUCUCUUUCAUUGUGGGAUUUUUAUAAGGUAUUGGUUUGCUCUGAAAUAUGGCUGUCAAGUUUCAUUUAAACAAAGAAGUAGCAGAAGUGCAUCUGAAGCAGACUCUUCCAGCUUCAUUCAAAAACAAGCUAUUGAUGCAGUGACUGAUAUUAACAUGCUCAGGGUGUUCAAAACUUUUCUUGAGACCACACCACAACUUUUUAUUCAGAUUUACAUCCUCAUGGAACAUGGCAAAACUCAUUUCUAUCAAUAUGCUGCCAUUAUGAUGUCUUUUUGUGGCAUCUCCUUAUCAAUGGUUGAUUAUCAGAUAUCUCUACGAAAAUCUCUGCCUGACAAAGAUGAAUUUCAUGUGGUUUCCAAGUUCAUGUAUCUCUUCUAUAAGUUGCUUACCAUCACUUCUUGGAUACUCAGUAUUUCAUUGAUCACUCUACUAAGUGUCAGAAUUUCUGUAAUUCUGCUGAUAUUUCUUUGGAUCUGUGGCUUCACUUGGACUUUGAAACAGCAUACAACAUUUUGCAAGUCUAAGAAGAUGGAAUAUCUGUACAGAACUGUAGUUGGAAUCAUUCUGAUUUUUUCAUUUUUUAACAUAAAGGGGAGAAGAACAAAAGUUUGCAUUUCUAUUUAUUAUGCUGCUCACACUGUAGUGACUCUAGGUAUUUUGUUUGUAUAUAUGUUCUGGAAACCUUCCAUUAUGAAAGAAUUAUGUUUUACAAUUGUAAGCAUCUUAACUAUUUUGAGUCUGGUGUUAGGUAUCCUUUUUCUUACUGUUUAUUACAGCCAUCUUCAUCCCACUACUUAUUGGAGACCUCAGGCAUGUUCAGAUGAAGUUGACAGAGUGGCGGGGCAAAAAGAUAGAGUUAAAACUAGUAGAUUUCAGAAUUUCUUAAUGCAAUGA